UACUUCAAAAGCUUUUUUUUUUCUGUUAACAAAAAAAGAUCAUAAAAAUGACAAUGUCGAUAUAUCGACUCUGCAAUGGGAUCAGGAACAAUGUAUCUCGUUCUUCUUCUCUAACAUUCUCAAGGCUUAUGCAUUCACUACAAUUUGCAACCGUAAAAGCCGAAGAGAUCUCAGGUUCUAAGCCUGCUGAAGUUCAAAACUUGGUCCACGGAAGUUGGACAAAAGAUGGAACUUGGAAUACAAUUCUGGAUCCCCUCAAUGGGGAAUCUUUCAUUAAAGUUUCAGAAGUAGACGAAAGAGGAAUCAAGCCUUUUGUCGACAGCUUAUCUAAGUGCCCCAAACAUGGUCUGCAUAAUCCAUUCAAAUCCCCUGAGAGGUACCUUUUAUAUGGGGACGUAUCUGCAAAAGCAGGCCAUAUGCUUAACCUGCCUGAGGUAUCGGAUUUCUUUGCUAAGUUGAUACAGAGGGUCUCACCAAAGAGUUAUCAGCAGGCUUUUGCUGAAGUUUUUGUUACAGCAAAGUUUCUAGAGAACUUUUCCGGUGAUCAGGUACGUUUUUUGGCAAGAUCUUUUGGAGUACCUGGGAAUCAUCUUGGGCAGCAAAGUCAUGGUUUCCGCUGGCCUUAUGGCCCUGUGGCUUUAAUUACACCAUUCAACUUUCCUUUAGAAAUUCCAGUACUGCAGCUGAUGGGAGCACUUUACAUGGGAAACAAGCCCGUUCUAAAAGUUGAUAGUAAAGUAUGCAUUGUUAUGGAGCAAAUGCUUCGGUUGCUCCAUGCUUGUGGGAUGCCCAUGGAGGAUGUUGAUUUUAUCAAUUCUGACGGGAAGACAAUGAACAAGCUACUAUUAGAGGCAAAUCCACGAAUGACCCUCUUUACGGGUAGCUCAAAAAUAGCAGAAAAGUUAGCUGAUGAUCUAAAUGGUCGAAUUAAGGUGGAAGAUGCAGGAUUUGACUGGAAGAUCCUUGGGCCUGAUGUUCAUGAGGUGGAUUACGUGUCAUGGGUGUGUGAUCAAGAUGCAUAUGCAUGUAGUGGGCAGAAGUGCUCAGCACAGUCAUUGUUAUUCAUGCAUGAGAACUGGAGCAAGACCUCACUCAUGAGUCAACUGAGUGACCUUGCUGGUAGGAGGAAGCUUGAUAAUUUGACUAUUGGUCCAGUUCUUACGCUGACAACAAAAUAUAUGUUGGACCACAAGAACCAGUUGCUUAGUAUUCCUGGAUCAAAGCUACUGUGGGGUGGUGAAGAAUUGGAAAAUCAUUCUAUUCCUUCAAUAUAUGGUGCUAUUAAACCAACAGCUGUUUUUAUCCCACUUGAACAAAUAUUGAAGCCUGAACAUUAUGAUCUUGUAACAAAAGAAAUAUUUGGCCCAUUCCAGAUUGUUACCGAGUACAAAGAGAGCCAAAUCCCAAUGGUGCUGGAAGCCCUUGAAAGGAUGCAUGCUCAUUUAACUGCUGCUGUGGUCUCUAAUGAUCCGUUGUUCAUUCAGGAUAUUGUGGGAAAAACAGUCAAUGGAACUACUUAUGUUGGACUUAGAGCAAGAACUACUGGGGCACCGCAAAAUCAUUGGUUCGGGCCUGCUGGAGAUCCAAGAGGUGCAGGAAUAGGGACUCCUGAAGCAAUAAAGCUGGUGUGGUCUUGUCAUAGAGAAGUCAUAUACGAUGUUGGACCAGUCCCACAUAAAUGGCAGAUCCCAGCUGCCACUUAAAUGAGACGUUACAACACAUCUUAAAGAUGACCAUGUUUGGUCUCCAUAGUUUUGAUCUUAAUAUUACUCUAACACGAAUGUAUGGGGAAUAUGGUCAUUAGUGUUUUUAUGUAUCCAUGUAGUUGAGUCAACUGAAGAACCAUAUAGUGGUUCCGGGGCAGAUGUAUAAACCCAUAAUUUGAUUUUCAAAAUCUUGACAGAAAAUCUUGGAUGCUUUAAACAUCCAUGCUAUAUACUAUCUUUUUUCAUUUGAA